CAUACGGUCAUCGAUUUUAUUAAACGCGUUCUCAGUCAAUGUUUUGGAUUUUUAAAUUUUUUGAAAAAGAAUUUCGAGAUUUUUUCAUAGAAAAGAUUUUAAGAUUUUAGUGGAAGCGUUGGGAGAGUUCAGUGAUUUUAUGUGAAAUCUGACACUCAAUUAAUCUGAUUUAGAAAAUCAGCAAGGAUUGGAUUAGGUGAAAUUUACAAGCACAAUGAACCGGACUUUCCAUUUUGCUAUGUGAGGACAAAUCGGAGAAUUAAUAAGUGAAAGUGAUUGAGGGACGUUCUGCAGCGUGAAUUUCCGGGUCGAAAACUACUAAUCGGACUAUUCAUCUGGUGGAGUUCUCUUUUUUGAUUCCUUUUGAGGAUUAUGGCUGCCGCUAUGGAGCACUUAUCUCCGCCUCCAUCACCGCAGUCAGCUCAUCAGCAACAGAAGUAUCCAGCCUUGAACCCAUUCAACCCUCUCGACAUGGCGUCUUCGCCGAAAUACCUUAUACAAAGAGCUUCUGCAUUCAAUACUGUCUUAGCGUCGGCCAGCCAAAAAUUCAACGGGAGAGAUUUUCCCCUUCUUUACAAUCCACUUCUUUACUCAAGCGCUCUAUUAUGGCCUCAGUUUUUCUUCCCAUCAACUUCCGGAAUUUCAACCCCCUCAACACCAGCUACGCCACGGUCCCCAGGUUAUUCGAGUCAUCGAGAUUACACUCUGACACCGGAAAAGGAAGAACCUAUCGAUGAGCCUGACAUGCCGCUUAACCUAUCCACAAAGCCUUUAUCAGGAUCAAAUAUCGAUCGGAACACGAGUAGUAGCAGCAGUAGUCUACACGAGGAUCACCUUCGUUCGACGCCUCCUCCAUCAUCGCCUCCUGGCUACACAUCGUCUGCACUUCUGGGUCAUCCCCAAACACAUCAUCAUCCCAAUUCAACGAUAAUCUGGUCACCGGCAAGUAUGUGCGAGAAGGAAGGAAAGGGAUCCAUUUCGGGAGACGAACGAGCCGGUGGAUCACAUAUUGGCAUCACACGCGAUGAUCCUAUUGUGAAGAAGUUCAAAUACGAGCGAAGAUCAAGUUUCCAUCGAGCGCAACAUCAUCACCAUCAGGAGCUGUUGGAACACGAACGGCGCUUAAGCAUCAUUAGCGGUCAUAGCACGUCGCAAACACCACCCUCCCCUGUCCUGACCAGGAUACCAUCCGGAGCGCCAGAUGUGGGACAGAUUUAUUCACGAUUUCAUCAGCAACAUUCCGCGCAACAUCUGCAACAUCGGACAAGUCGAGAAUUUGAUUUUUUUUCAACGUCCUCGGUUAGCACGCCUCAAACGAAAGCGGCAACGGAGAGUGGCGGUGGUAGUGCUAAUAUUGGUGACUUUUACAAUGCAAUUAGUAACAAUAAUAAUAGCAAUAAAUUCAGUAAUAAUAACAGUAACAAUAGUAGUAGGAACAGUAGUGGGUGUAGUGUAAAAAGUGAAACGGAAAGCGCAAGACCUGAUUCGACCGCUAUGUUGGUGCAUGGCGGUGAUAUGGUGACAACGAUAAGGGGUUGUGAUUCAGAGGAGAAGAGAAGGGAGCGAAGUUUUCAGUGCAAACAAUGUGGAAAGACUUUCAAACGUUCAAGCACGCUAUCAACUCACCUCCUCAUUCACAGCGAUACUCGGCCAUAUCCUUGUCAAUACUGCGGGAAACGUUUCCAUCAAAAAUCGGAUAUGAAAAAGCACACAUACAUCCAUACAGGUGAAAAGCCUCACAAAUGCACUGUUUGCCUGAAAGCCUUUAGUCAGAGUUCAAAUCUCAUAACGCAUAUGCGAAAGCAUACGGGCUACAAGCCAUUUGCAUGCGGACUAUGUGAUCAAUCGUUCCAGCGAAAAGUCGACCUUCGUCGCCAUCGUGAAAGUCGUCACAACGAUGAAAAUUUAAAUGGCGUUAAAAUUGAGGUGACGAGCAGUUGUUAGCAGUAAUUUAUGGACGCUCGGAAAAUUAGUCAUAAUUUGAAAUUCGAACAACGACCCGGAGAUUCUCAAGCGUAUUCGUCGCAGUUGUUUUAGUGUUAAAGUGUUGAAUCUUUUGUGAAAAUGAGUGGAUUAUCCAGAAGAGUGUUAGUCUGUAUGCAAACCAAAGUAUCUUAUAUCUAAUAUAUGAAUAGCAACUGUUCAGAUUGUUUACAAUUUGGAUAGAUUCGAUUAGCCUCAUUACCACAGUCCGGCUAUGAACUUGCUUAUGAAGUAAAUCUCUUGUGCUUACGAUCUUUUAACAAUCUGGAAACAGCUCUCAAAGAUACCAUAAGUUCCGUUUGAACUAGGAAACCUUGAAAUGUACAAAUAAGUUUAGUCUAAAUUAUUCCCUAAACUAGCGUCUAAGCAAAAUUAAGUAUGGUCACGCACCCGUCGAGUUUUGAAUAUCAUCAAAAUGUAUUUUGAGUGUCUAGUCUCAUUUUGUAAAGUAUUAGCGGUUAAUUUUUAAAAAUAGAUGUUGGUUUUAAAGAUGCGUUCAGGCAUUACCUUAGGAUUUACGUCCCCGUUUUUCAGUUGUACUUCUACUUGCCCUCUUUGUAUAUAACGAAUAUAUUGACAAAGUAUCUCACUAAGCUAAAUUCAAAUUGAAUUGUUUAAAACUAAAGUGAAACAGCUAAAGAUACCAAAGAUAAAAAAAAGAUUUUUUUACCAAAAUAUGAAGUGAAUCUGUAAAUUAUACUUGGAAUUGUAUGAAAAAUAUUAAAUAUAAAUUUAGUAGUCAAUGCCUAUAAUAAGGUGAUUUUUUUUUUAAGUAAAAAUAUUUAAAUUGGUUUUGUAUCUGUGCAGAAAAUCAUUUCAAUGUGUCAUAAAAAUUAUGAACAAAGCAUCAAAUGAAUAGAAAGCAUUUGAAAGGAGUUUUUGUACCAUUUAAAAUAGU